AUGAAGGCUUCCAUCAUCCUCCUUGCUGCCGCCGGCCUCGCCGCCGCCCAAACCAACAUUCCCACCUGCGUUACCACAUGCCUGCCCCAGGCCCUGACCGGCACCGACUGCCAGGGCAUCGACAUCACAUGUAUCUGCAAGAACCUCAACACCAUCAUGGCCAACGGAGCCGACUGCUUCUCCAAGAACUGUAGCGCCGACGAGCUCAAGUCCGCCCAGUCCCUCCUCACCACCCUCUGCCCCAACGCCUCCGUCUCCGGCAGCAUCUCCGCCUCUGCUUCUGCCUCGGCCUCGGCCAGCUCCAGCUCUGCAUCUGCAUCUGCUUCUACAUCUGCAUCUGGCUCCGCCACCACCACGGGCUCUGCCUCUGGCUCCUCAUCCGCGACCGCAACCGACUCCAGUGCCUCCACUACUGGAACCGCAGCCGCCUCGUCGGCUUCGUCGGCCUCGUCGAGCUCCAGCUCUUCCGCCUCCAGCUCUGCCAGCUCGGCCUCCAGCUCGGCUGCCAGUGCCUCCGCCUCCGCGACUGGCACUGGUGAUGCCGGCCGACCUGUCGUCGGAGCCGGUCUCGCCAUGUUCGCUGCCUUCCUUGCUCUGUAA